AUGUCAUCGCUUUAUUCCUCACCACCACGGCUGCAUACUGCAGUCGAGGACAAGCCAUCGCUGCUGGUGUGCUGGUGGAUCACCUUGUUCUGUGCCACCAUCAUUCUGCUUCGAGUCUCAGGACGCUUUAUACGGUCAGAGCGUCUCUUCCGAGAAGACAGAAUCGCGGGCUUCGCUGUCAUACCACUUCUCAUGCGCAUGGCAUGCGUGCACGUCGUCCUUCUUUGGGGCACAAACAAUGCAGACUUCACAGUACCUCUCACCGAGGAGGAACAACGCAGAAAGAGGAUCGCCAGCGGUCUUGUCCUUGCAAGUCGCAUCUUCUAUGCAUCAACCUUAUGGAUCCUCAAAUACGCCAUUCUCGAGUUCUUCAAUCGUCUUACCAGCACGACCUGGACACACACUCACGAGGUGCUGCUCAGGGUGAUUCGGUGCGCUCUCGUGGCCACCUUUGUAGCAGUGUGUAUCGCCGACCUCGCGGAAUGCCAGCCCUUCCAGAACUACUGGCAGGUCUUACCUGACCCUGGCGGCCAAUGCCGCCAGGGUUAUGCCCAGCUGCUCACCAUGGCAGUCUGCAAUAUUCUCACCGAUCUCUUCCUUGUGUUCUUCCCAGUCUCGAUUAUCUUGACAAGCCACAUGACGGUCAAGAAGAAGGUGCAGCUUGUCAUGCUAUUUUCGCUCAGCCUUGCCGUUGUUGCGUCCACCUUAUACCGUGUGCCCAGCGUCAUACAAGCACAUGGAAGUCAACAACUGCGCUCUUUACUCGCCUCUGUUGAUCUCCUCUUCGCUACAACUGCGGCCAACGCCCUGGUUCUAGGCUCAUUCGUUCGAGAUCGCGGGGUGAAGAAAAUCAAGUUCCGCCAUGGCUCAACUGCCGCAGAUUCGUUGGAUCGCGCCUCGGAUCGAAGACCGACCAUACAUCGACAUUGGGGAAGUGAUGAGGACCUAGUUAGGGAUCUUGGACUUGGCGUCAAGCAAGAAUUGCGUGAUGACAAUCACAUCAAGAACGCCAAGUUGGAUACUUCACCCCAGCCUUCGCAAAGCUCGGGUAACAACCUGACAGUCGACAUGAGCAAUUGGCGUUUCCCCCAACGACAGAGGAGCAAUGCAGAACGCAGCGAUGACUCUCUGCUUUCCCGAGACCCGUCAAAGCUAUCUCGAAGCGACUCGUUCGCAAAUACACGUCGAGUCUCAUUCUUUGACGUCGGAGGCCUACUCGAUACCGACUCUCCGGGACCGGACCGUGAGAGUCCUCGCGCCCAAACCGACUCGCUGCCGCACACUGCCCCGCCGCCAAGUCUACCUGCCAGCACGAAUGGCUUCAGACGCGGUUCUCAAGCGAUCUUGCAGGAGUUGGGCGGUAUAUUUUCAAACAAUAAUUCCACACAGACAAAGCCUAAGCCGGCCACCGAACUCCGCCCUGUAUCGCAGCAGGCCGAAACGAACGGAUUCACCCGUCAUCAAAGCUCACCGAGUUCACCGCGUUCAGCGCCCACUCUACUUGAUGUGGGUGGUCUGUUGAAGUAG